AAAAAGGCGGGAUAUGACCCGACAAUAGUAUGGCGGAACUGCCACGGACGCUCGCUCGGUCCUGGUCGUCGACGCUCAAGCUCCCCAAGUCGACGUUCCCCGCGCGCGUGACGCCGGCCGACCAGGCCAAAUACCUGCGCCGAUGCACCGACGACCUCUACGCCUGGCAAGAGCGUGAGCGCCCGGCCGACCGGCCGUUUGUGCUCCACGAUGGACCUCCCUACGCGAACGGCGAACUGCACGUCGGCCACGCGCUGAACAAGAUCACCAAGGAUAUCAUCUGCCGCACACAACUGGGGCUGGGGCGGCGGGUGCGCUUUGUGCCGGGCUGGGACUGCCACGGGCUGCCCAUCGAGCUCAAGGCCCUCGAGGCGCAGAAGGAGCUCCAGACUGCGGACGGCGUCAGCGCGGCGGCGGUGAUCCGCAAGGCCGCCCGCAAGCUGGCGGACAAGACGGUCAAGGCCCAGAUGAAGGGCUUCCGGAGCUUCGCGGUCAUGGCCGACUGGGCCAACCACUGGAAAACAAUGGACCGGGCCUUCGAGAAGCGGCAGCUGGGCAUCUUUCGGGCGAUGGUCGAGAAGGGACUCAUCUACCGGCGCUUCAAGCCGGUCUACUGGUCCCCGUCGACGGGCACGGCGCUGGCCGAAGCGGAAUUGGAAUACAAGGAUGACCAUGUGUCGACCGCGGCGAUGGUCAAGUUCCCGCUCGCGCGGAUCCCGGCGCAUCUUGCCCAGGAUCCGUUGCUCCAGGGUAAGGAGGUCAGUGCGGUGAUCUGGACGACUACGCCGUGGACGCUCCCGGCGAACGCCGCGAUCGCGGUUCACGAGGCCCUUGAGUACACGAUCGUCGAGUCGGAGACGCACGGCCACCUGCUCAUCGCGCAAUCGCGCUUGGAAUACUUGGAAAGCGCACUGAAGGAGAACCUGUCGGUCAUCGUGCCGGCGAUCCUCGGUUCUCAGCUGGCGGAUCAGACUACGUAUCGACCUCUGUUCAAGGGAGCGGCUGCGGAGGCGCAGCCGAUCAUCGCGGCGGAGUUCGUGACGGCCGACUCUGGGUCGGGACUGGUUCACUGCGCUCCGGGUCACGGUAUGGAAGACUACGAAGCCUGUCUCUCGCGUGGCAUCCCCGCUUUCGCGCCCGUGGACGAUCAUGGCAAAUUCACCGACAAGGCGAUGCCCGUGGCUCCCGAACAGCUCCGCGGGAAAAGCGUCCUCGACGAGGGUAACGCGGCAGUGCUGGAAUAUGUCGAAUCCCAAGGUCAACUCCUCACUCAGCAUAAGUACGAGCACAAAUAUCCGUACGAUUGGAGGUCGAAGCGCCCAAUCAUCAUUCGAGCUACCGAACAGUGGUUUGCCGAUGUGGCCGACAUUCGCGGCCAUGCCCUGGAAGCGCUGGACGACGUCAACUUCGUCCCAAGUUCCGGUCGGCAACGCUUGGAGAACUUCGUCAAGAACCGCAGCGAAUGGUGCAUCUCUCGUCAACGUGCCUGGGGCGUUCCCAUCCCUGCUCUCUAUCACCGGGGCACUGGCGAGGCCGUGCUCACGAAGGAUAGCGUGACUCAUAUCAUGAAGGUGAUCGAGGAGCGUGGCAUUGACGCAUGGUGGACGGAUGAAGCCAACGAUGACGCGUGGAUUCCACUCUCGCUUCAGGACGCGACUGGUCCGGGCUAUCGACGAGGAACCGACACGAUGGAUGUGUGGUUUGACAGUGGCACCAGCUGGUCCGAAGUGGAUGUCCCUUACCGUGAGGAUGGCCGCCCGGCUGACGUGUACUUUGAAGGGAGCGACCAGCACCGAGGCUGGUUCCAAUCCGGGCUUCUCACCUUUGUCGCUCAUCAGCUUGCCUCGGGACAAACCACCUCCCCGCGUGCGCCUUUCAAGCACCUCAUCACCCACGGGUUCACUUUGGAUGAAGAAGGCCGCAAGAUGAGCAAGUCAAUUGGCAACGUGAUGCUGCCGCAUGCGAUCAUGGACGGAUCGCUUUUGCCACCCUUGAAGCCGAGAAAAGGCAAGGGGAAGAAGCAGGCCGAAAACCAGGCUCCGAUGUACGACGCCCUUGGGCCGGAUGCUCUCCGCAUGUGGGCCGCCAGCAGUGACUACACUCGCGACGUAGUGAUCGGAAAGCAGGUGCUCCAAACGGUGCACACCAGCCUGCACAAAUACCGCGUGACGUUCAAGCUCCUGCUGGGUGCGUUGUCGGAUUUCCGCCCCGAGCACCGUGUCCCGUACGAUGAGCUGCAACAAGUGGACCGCAUCGCCCUGAAGCAGCUAUCUGAGAUGGUCUUGACCUGCCGGAAGGCCGGCCAGAACUUCGAAUUCUACAAGGCCGUGAAUGCGAUCAACCGCUGGGCCAAUCAGGAAUUCUCGGCCUUCUACAUGGAGGCUAUCAAGGAUCGACUCUACACCUACGGCGAGAACAGCGCAAGCCGGCGUGCGGCGCAGACGACGCUGUUCCACAUCUACCAACAUCUCCAGGAAGUCCUGGCGCCCAUCACCCCCAUGCUUGUGGAGGAGACGUGGGAGCACACCCCCGAGGCGAUCAAGACGCAGAGCCAGCAUCCUCUGCAGCGCGUUGUCUCAGCCCCGGCUGCGGGAUGGCAGAACGAGGGUCUCGAAUCCGACUACCAGGAGCUGGCCGCCGUCAAUUCCGUAGUCAAGGCGGUCCAAGAGAAGGCCCGCGGCCAGAAGCAGCUGGGCUCCUCUCUUCAGUCAUUUGUGCACCUUGUCCUUCCCGAAGACUCGACACCCGCGUCGGUGUUCCACCGGGAUCUGACCGAGUUACCCGAUUUCUUUGUGGUGUCGUCCGUCAGCCUCGGUGCUCAUGGCGAGCCGAUCCCCGAGUCGAUCGCGCAGGCGGAAUGGCAGUACAGUGAGGGAUAUGAGCUCCCCAGCGGAGCCAAGGGUACGGUGUAUGUGUACAGUCCGCAGGCGGGUAAAUGUCCUCGGUGCUGGCGCUAUGUGGUUGCGGAGAGUGAAGCGGCGGAAGAGACGGUGUGCGAUCGCUGCGAGGGAGUCGUGCAAGAAUCGGACGCUGCAGCUGCAGCUGCGACUGCAGAGGUGUGAGUGGUCAGUUCCUUGAUCAAUUCCCGGAUUCCUGGAUUCUCGGAUUCCUGCAGUGGAUUCCUGUAUUAUAAGUUACUGUGUAGUUUAAUUUUAGCAUCUCACUCCAAAUC